AUGGACCAGAAGCAGAGAACAAACCAAUCCAUCACCCUCAAAGGGUCAGCUGCUAUCGUCACUGAAUUCUUCGACUUUAGCAUCAAUAGCAUCCUCUAUCAGAGAGGAGUGUAUUCUAUGGAAGACUUUAAGAUCGUCAAAAAGUACGGUCUCCAUUUGUUCAUGCUGAGCCACGAAGAUCUUCGAAAAUACAUCUCGCUUCAGCUUGAACAAGUCCAUGAAUGGAUCCUCACAUCUUCCGUCGAAUGCCUAGUCCUCGCCAUCAAAUCAGUCGACACAGAAGAGCCUGUCGAGCGCUGGCAAUUCGACCUCCGCACCGACGAGUCGGUCCUUCAAUCCCCGCCCGGCGCUCCGACAUUGACUGCCAAGGAAGUGGCGAAGGAGGAGAAGACGGAGAAAGAGGCGCAAGGAGAGAUUCGGGAGAUCAUGAAGCAGUUCACGUCGAGUGUCAAGUUCUUGCCCAUGCUUGAUGAAGACGAGUAUUCGUUCAGGCUCAUAAUCCACACCCAUGAGGGUUCUGAGCUUCUCAUCGUCCCAGCCGCUUGGGAAGACGCUGAUCCUCACCUCAUCGACAGAGGCAAGGUCGAGCAAGUCAGUUUGCCGAGUUUCAGUACCAAUCAGACUUGA